AUGUCCAUCGCCGGACCACGUUUCAACUGCAAAGAACUAGGGCCAAAAGAGGGGCUGAUCGAUCCAAAAGCGUGUCAGAGUAAUCGUCUAACUCACAAUGAGGUUGUGUACCGAGCUGAAAACAGGAUACGAGAGGAUACCCGCAAUGAUCCUAUGAUAAAUUCCUUCAAGCUCAGCUGGUAUCCAGAGCCAUUCAAACUCAAAUGCGACCCACAAGAGUUGAAAACCCUAGACUGUUCGAUGACGUUGGCUCAGUACAAACUUCAAAUCGACUCAAGCUCCCAGUCCCGGUCCAUCAAUGUCAUUAUUGAGGAUGAUAAAGAUGUAUGGCCGGAGAAAGGUAUCCCAACGUCCUUUCCGGAGGCCUUCUCGGCAAAUGAAAGCCCAAGAGACCCCGAAGUUCUGGCAGCCAAAUUCCCUUUGGCUCAAGCCUACGCAAUAAGCCGUGCAGCUAUUCUUGCUUUAGCAGGAGAUGCCAACCUUACAGCCGCGGAGGCAGGGAAACAAGAUGACACUUACGCCCAAAAGUAUUAUAGCGGUUCUGCGACAGGGGUUUUUGGCAGCCCGUAUAUAGGUCUCAACAACACAAAUGAACCAAACAUCAUCAUUACGGCCGAUAGGAUUCAGCGAUUCCUCCAGGACCUUGUAAUCUCCACAAUAUCGUUCAGCGACCCUUCUGAGCCAUUAUGGGUUAACCAAGGUGAUAUCGAAGCCAUGGUAGGAUCGGAGAUUUAUAUGUUUAACGAGAAGAUGCAGUUUUUUGCCCCAUACGCCGCAUGUCUUGUUGUGACAGCCGCUAUUUACAUUUUGGGGCUUUGGUCACUCUAUAAGAAUGGGGUGUCCGCCAGCAACAGCUUCCUCCAAUUCGUCACUACGACCAGUACAAGCGAUACGCUGCACCAGGUUGCUGAGACAUGCAGUUUUGGAGGAGCAGAAAAUAUGUCACAGGAUUUGAAAGAUCUACGUCUAAGAUUCGCUGCUCGUGGACGCACGGAGAGUGACGAGGAGGCAGGAGGUGAGGACUCUCAGCUGUUAGUAGCAGGGUUUGUCACCGAGAACAAGGUAGAAUAUAGGUAA